CGAAGUUUGAGCAGAAGAACAGAAGAGUGUGCAAGUUUUCUCUUCUCCAUUGAAACAGCCGCUAAGUAAUACAGCUUGAAUCUAGCUUUCUCUCCUCCAUUGAAGCAGCUUCCUGAGUUUGUUGAAGAACCCUAAAAUUAAUUUUUAGGACGGUACUAUGAAAAGGGUGUUCUUGCCCUGGCUCAGAGAUGGGCCUACUACUCCCAUUGCUUAUCGAACUGAAGCUGUGAAGAAAGUUUGGGAUUACAUCAAGCUUCACAAUCUUCAGUUUCAGGGAAUUUCUACUUCAAGGACGUUGCUUGCAAAUUCACCCUCUGAUGCAACACCGAUCUCUUCCCCUCUGAUCCCAAUAUCAGCGGCUGGAUCUGGGAAGACUGAUGACCAGACUGAAAACCAGGCUGUAAAACCAAAGCCUGAAAAGGUUCAGGCAAUCUUGAAAGGAAUAAAGCAGAGUCCUAAAAAGGUAAAUUUGGUUGCUGCUUUGAUCCGUGGAAUGCGUGUUGAAGAUGCUUUGUUACAACUGCAAGUGACUGUGAAGCGGGCUUCAAAAACUGUCUAUCAGGUGGUUCACUCGGCUCGUGCAAAUGCUGUCCAUAAUCAUGGAUUAGAUCCAGACAGACUUUUAGUUGCUGAAGCUUUUGUUGGUAAAGGAAUUUUUAAAAAAAGACUAAGCUAUCAUGCCAAAAUGAGACAUGGGAUAAUAAUGAAACCAGAGUGUAGACUGACAGUGGCGGUAAGAGAAUUGACUCCAGACGAAGAGGCUGAAAUAGCAAAACUCAGAGUCAGCAAUUUCAAGAAGCUUACAAAACGGGAACAUCGGCUGGUCCCUCAUAAGCUCAUUGAGAGUACUCCAGUUUGGGGGAGAAAGAACAAAACCAAUUGUCAGGAGUCAACUGUGAAGGCUUGAAAGAGUUUCAUUUUGUAUUUCCAUUUGUCGUCACACUGGAUCAUUGCCAAUUUUUUUCUUAUCUGAGUUUCGGGGCGCAUACGAUAUGAUGCCGUUUGCCAUUUCUAUGUUAUCUGUAUAUACAUUUUGCCCAAUAGAUUGGUGUAAACACUAGAUGUCCUCUAAAACACCAAUGUUGCAUGUACCAAAACUACUUUAGUUAGAAUAUGAGAUAUUUCAGGUCAUCAUCUAUGUGAACAAAGUUAGCUUAUUGCAUAGAGUAUCUUACAUUUCAGAAAUAAGAUCCUAUCGAAGACGAAGCAAUAUCAACGUUGUGAAACAUUGAGAGCCUCGAAAAGAUUAGGCAAUAUUUACUGUAUUAGCAUAGUUGAUUGUA